AUGGCGGACUACGACUAUCUCUUCAAGAUUCUUCUCCUCGGGGACUCGGGCGUCGGCAAGAGCUGCCUCUUGCUGCGCUUCGCGGACGACACCUACACGGACAGCUUCGUGUGUACCAUCGGCGUGGACUUCAAGAUCCGCACCUUCAGACAAGGCUCCACGGUCAUCAAGCUGCAGAUGUGGGACACCGCGGGCCAGGAACGGUUCCGUGCUCACGCCGGCAACUCCUUCCGGAACGUGAACGGCGUGAUGGUGGUCUACGACGUCACGGACAAGGCGUCCUUUAACAACGUGAAGCACUGGCUGCAGCAGGUUGACCGGAGUACGGAGGGCGUCAAUACGCUGUUGGUGGGAAACAAGUGUGACUUUUCCUCCAGGGCUGUAUCCUUUGAUGAGGGCCAGGAGAUGGCGGACUUGUGGGGCGUCCAGUUCCUGGAAACCAGCGCUAAGACGGCCCACAACGUGCAGGCGGCCUUUGAGACCAUGGCGCAAGACAUCCUUCAGCGAGUCCAACGGCAGGGCCCUGCAGCCGUCAGAAACCUGGUCAGCAGCGAGCAAACCGCACGAGAGCCUCGUGACAGAUGCUACGGGUGA